AUGUCAUUAUCUUCAUCUCAAAAAUCAAAUAAUUCAUAUGAAAUGCCAGUUAAUAAUGUUCAAAUUACUGGAGAUAAUCAAGAAUAUGUUAUUAUUAACAAUAAAAAAUAUUUAAGAAGUGAUUUACAACAAGCAUUUGGUGGUUCCUUAAUUACUGGACCAACACCUUAUCCAACUAUUAAUAUUAAUCCUGCUCCAGUAGGUUUAAGUGCUUUUGCCCUUACAACUUUUGUUUUAUCUUUAUACAAUUGUAAAGCUAUGGGAAUUGCAGUUCCAAAUGUUGUAGUUUCAUUAGCUUGUUUUUAUGGAGGUUUAGUUCAAUUAUUAGCUGGAUUAUUUGAAUUUCCUACUGGAAAUACUUUUGGUUUUACUGCUCUUUGUUCAUAUGGUGCUUUUUGGUUAGCUUUUGGUGCUAUUUUUAUUGAAAGUUUUGGUAUUGGUAAAGCUUAUGAAAAUAAUUUAGAUCAAAUGGCUAAUGGUAUUGGAUUUUUCUUACUAGGUUGGGCUAUUUUCACAUUUAUGUUGGUACUUUUAACUUUAAAAACUACUGUUGCAUUUUUUAGUUUAUUUUUUAGUUUAUUUAUUACUUUUUGUUUAUUAGCAGGUGGUGAAUUAAGUGGUCAUAAAGGAGUGACAGUUGCUGGUGGUGUAUUUGGUAUAAUUACUGCUUUUAUUGCUUGGUAUAAUGCUUUAGCUGGUACAGCUACUAAACUUAAUUCAUAUUUUAGUGCUAAACCAAUUCCAUUACCAGGUAAUCCUACUUUUAAAGGAUUCUUCUAA